AUGGCAAACUCGGGGAAGGAGCACUGCCAGGCACUAAAGUGGAUAUUUCGAUAUCUACAAGGAACUCGGAAGCUUGGUCUGACUUUUGAGCAGCAAGAUGGACAUGGGAGGAACUCCAAUGCCUUAAGGGAGUUUUCAGGUCCAUUGGAAGGGUUUGUGGAUGCAAAUUUUGCAGGUGAUCUAGAUACGAGGAGGUCUACUACAGGUUAUGUGUUCAACAUAUUUAGUGGACCGAUUUCAUGGAGAUCAACCCUUCAACCUAUCACGGCCUUAUCCACCACAGAGGCCGAGUACAUAGGGAUCACAGAGGCUGUCAAGGAGGCUCUUUGGUUGAAGAGACUCAUUUAG